GAUGAGAUGCUGGCCCGCUUUGUGGUUGGCAGCCACGUCAGACACCACCCCAGCAACAAGGACGAGGAGGGGCUGGCCAAUGGCAGUGCCCCAGAGCCUGCCAUGCCCACUACACACGGCGUGGAGCCUCUGCCCCAGGAGGUGCUGAAGAAGUACAUCAUCUACGCCAAGGAGAAGGUCCACCCCAAGAUCAACCAGAUGGACCAGGACAAGGUGGCCAAGAUGUAUAGUGACCUGAGGAAAGAGUCCAUGGCCACAGGCAGCAUCCCCAUCACAGUGCGGCACAUCGAGUCCAUGAUCCGUAUGGCAGAGGCCCAUGCACGCAUCCACCUGCGGGACUAUGUGAUAGAAGACGAUGUCAACAUGGCCAUCCGUGUGAUGCUGGAGAGCUUCAUCGACACACAGAAGUUCAGUGUCAUGCGCAGCAUGCGGAAGACUUUUGCCCGCUAUCUUUCAUUCCGGCGAGAUAACAAUGAGCUGUUGCUCUUCAUAUUGAAGCAGUUAGUAGCAGAGCAGGUGACAUAUCAACGCAACCGCUUUGGGGCCCAGCAGGACACAAUUGAAGUUCCUGAGAAAGACUUGGUGGACAAG